AUGUUGCCGUGCAACGGAUCUUCUUCUUCAUCUGGUAUUAAGGCUACCGCUGAAGCAUCCUCAGCAUUAUCCUUGGCUCUUUUUCUACUUGAAAAGGAAGCCAAGGAUGCUCUCAGGGAUGCGACCGCGGUAGCUCUAAAAAUGGUAGUGGUCGUGGACUAGAUGAAAAUACAAGAUUAGUGGUGGCCGCGUAUGAAGGAUUGGGCGCGUCACUUUCUCUUUCAUUGGCAGCAUCUUUGAUACAGAAGUCUUCGUUUGGACAAGAGCCGCAGGAAGUGCGAAUUCUGGAAAAUCCGCGGAGAGAAAUUGAACGUCUCCAAACAGAGAUUCAUCACCUUCAAGCUAUGGACCUACAGGAGCUUCAG